CCGCAUUUUUGCAAAUUGGCUUCAGUUCUUCACCGUCCGGCGACUGGUCCUUUUCACCUUCCGGCGAAAAAUAACUGUAAACUGUAAAGGAAUUUCCAUAACCCCUAUCUUCAAAAACCCUAGAGAACACACACUCCAAAAUCCGUUCGCAAAUGGAACCUUCAUCGGCCAAGAGCUGGAGCAUCCACACUCGGCCGGAUAUCAUCCAGAAGUAUGAGAUCCUCGAGCGGGUCGGAUCCGGCGCUUAUUCCGAUGUCCACCGUGCGCGGCGGCUCUCGGAUGGUGUCAUCGUCGCCUUGAAGGAGAUCCACGAUUAUCAGUCGGCGUUCCGCGAAAUCGAGGCGCUUCAAAUCCUUCAAGGCUCGCCUAAUAUCGUCGUUCUGCACGAGUACUUUUGGCGCGAGGAUGAGGAUGCCGUGCUCGUUCUCGAGUUUAUGAGAACGGAUUUGGCCACCGUUAUAGCGGAGGCGAAGAAGCGAGGAUCGGAUGGGGUAGAAUCUGGGCGUGGGCUAGCGGUUGGGGAGCUGAAGCGGUGGAUGAUCCAGAUUUUGAGUGGUCUUGAUGCUUGUCAUAGGAAUAUGAUCGUGCAUAGGGAUUUGAAACCUAGCAAUUUGUUGAUCUCCGAUGAUGGCGUGCUCAAGCUUGCCGAUUUUGGACAGGCAAGGAUACUCAUGGAGCCUGAAUAUGUUGAAUCGAAUGAGAUCUCUCAACCAUGUGAGCUGAACUCUUCAGAUCAAGUACCUGCUUCUCAGCCAUCUGCUAUUUUUCCAGGCACAGAAAGCUCGGUUGAAGGAGGUAACAAAAAUGAAGAGCAAGAACCAAUUAACAAAGAGGAAUAUUUUAGAGUUUUAGACGAAUUGAAAGCAAAAAAUUCAGUAAAUGAAUUUGACAAAGAAACAUAUACUUAUGAUGGAGAUACAUCUUGCUUAGCAACAUGCACCACAAGUGACCUUGAAGAUGAUCCAUUUAAAGGUUCAUCAUAUUCUUAUGAUAUGGAAGGGGGAGUUCCAGCAGAUGAUGGACAAGGUUCUCUCACUUCUUGUGUCGGUACUCGCUGGUUCAGGGCCCCUGAAUUACUCUAUGGCUCUACAAGCUACGGUUUGGAGAUCGACUUAUGGUCGUUGGGCUGUAUUUUUGCAGAACUUUUUACAUUGGAACCCCUUUUUCCAGGAACUGCUGAUAUCGAUCAAAUGAGCAAAAUUUUCGCUACUCUAGGCAACUUGACUGAAGAGUCAUGGCCAGGUUGUUCCGAACUUCCUGAUUUUCAAAUUAUAUCAUUCAACACAAUAGAAAAGCCGAUCGGUCUAGAAGCAUGUCUUCCCAAAUGUUCUCCUGAUGAAAUUUCUAUUGUUAAAAGACUUCUUUGUUACAACCCGGCUAAUCGAGCGACUGCUAUGGAAUUGCUACAAGAUAAGUAUUUCACUGAGGAGCCACUUCCCGUUCCCUUGUCUGAGCUUCAUGUUCCUUCGACCAAAAGUGGACAGGACGAGGAUUCUCCUGCAGGAUGGUAUGACUACAAUGAGUCGGAUUCUGAUAUGGAUGAACUCGGCCCCAUGAAUGUCACCACCCGUGCCACUGGUUACUCCAUACAAUUUGAUUGAACUACAGGGAUUCAGGUAUUCCUAAAUAUUUGAAACUAUACUUUGUUUCAGUUAUUACUCAUUGCUUAUAAGGAAAGCCUUCCUUGGUACAUGCUGAAUUUUGAUCAAGCCAUAUCUUAUCCUACAAUACCAUUAUCGCUCUCCAUACUUGAUCUACCUAAAACAUAGCCGAUACCCUUCUCGAAGAAUGUUGUGUCUGAAUCCUGAUUAGGCUAUUUAUUAUCCUAUGAUACCAUAAUCGCUUUUGAAUCUUCCUAGUUAAAACACCAAAAGCUUGGAGAACUCGGAUGUUGAAAUAGUCAUCCCGACAUCCUUCUUGAAGGACGACGUGUCUGUUAAUGUAAUUUGUGUAUAACUGCACAAUAAAAAAUGUGAGUUUCCCUCCCCUCCCUUUCUUUUCAAGGACCUCAAGUAUUGUUUUUGUGUCUGCCAAACUGGCUGGCAAUGACUGUGGUUCCUUGUCUUGUUUUAUGCUUUAUGCUUUAUGCUUUUUCUUGGAAAUUGAAAUAUUUUCAAGUAUUUGUUCUA